GAUGACCUCAUUGUUACUGAGCCAGUCACUGAGGCAUCCAUCAUUGCCGACAUCAAAGAUCGCUCACAAGAGAGCGAGCCCGGGGAUAAGAGUGAUGGAGAGCAGGAGGCAACGUAUAAUGCUCUACCUCCGUCUUUGAGCUAUGCCAAUGAUGCACUGGCGAUUGUGAGAAAAUUCCUCAUCUCGCGAGGGGAGGUGCCAGUCGACUUGUUCGAGGCAGUAGGGAAAUUGGAAGACUUCCACUUCUCUAUUGCAAGUUCUUUUACAAAGCAAAUGAAGAUCACUGAUUACAUGUCGGAGCAGAAGAAGUGCCUGAAUUGUGAGAAGUUCCGAAGUCUGGGGGAGUUACAAAGCUCCAAAAGGAUCCGUGACAUUGACAUUCGGGAAAACAUCAAAGUUAACAUGGGUGCAAAAGAAGAAAUGUCCCUGGAGUUCGCUGCAGCUGAAUAUGUGAAGCUGCACUACGAAGAAUGGGACACCAGGGCCUAUUCCCUACCUGAAGGAUACAUGCUGAUGCUGAGUGAAAAUAAACUCAAUGACCUGAGAAAAAAAAACUUCCAAGAAGAUUUGGGCAUGCCAUUAGAUUAUUUGUCAGUUGCCAUGGUAUUCAAUCGACUCAAAGAUUUAUUCCAAAAUGUGCCUUCUCUCACACUUGCUGAUUAUGCCUUCAAGGACACCUUCUUCCGUGGUUUUCCUACGUCCCAUGUGAAGCUGGCUGGUUUUGCUGCUUUACCGAUGCUUUCAAAGUUAAGUUUGGAAAAAGUGAUUCCCUGCAAAGAUUGUAUGGCACGAAUCCUCACUGAAGAUGAUCUGGAAAACCCAAUGAGUUUCAGUAGUUUUCUGGCUGUAAAUGGCAUCUCGUUGAAGGACUGGGACCAGAGCCACAAGUCCCCCGUGAUGGAGACCUACAAGGAAAUAUUUAAGCUCUACGUUUGUGCGGCCUCAACUAUGGUGAUACCACGCAACCCCAUUCAGUUGCUCUCCAAGAGUGAUGAACAAAUGGAAAAGACACUCCUGAUUCUUACUCGCGAGCAGAAGCAAUUAGUGGAUUCUCCAGAGAGAGUGAUUCUCAUGACCGGAGUCAGUGGAACUGGGAAGACUGUUGUCCUCAAGAGGAGAGCUUUACAUUGUGCUAAGGACGGUGCUAAAUUGUUGGUGAUAAAUAUUGCUGGAGGAUUCUUGACCGAGGAAUUUCGACGUUACCUAAAAGGAGAGUUCCUGAGACAGUCGAGUCCCUGUGUGGCGCUGCAGGGACAGAGCCCAGAAAACGUCCAACUACCCAGCGAUCAAAUGCAGGGUGGACCCAGUCAUCCCCAAUAUGCAACCAAAGAGGCACGAAAGAAGACUUUUGAUUCCUGGCCCGAAAACAUGUCACAGAGCCCGGAACAGAUGGCUGAUGCUGGCUUCUUCUACAUUGGUCAUGUAUCAGGCGUGUUAGACCACGUGAGAUGCUUUUACUGCAGUGUAGGGGUGUUGAACUGGGAACCAAAUGAUGAUCCCAUGUCCGAACACAGACGAUGGUCUCGCCCUUGCCCUUAUAUCAAUCCCAAGGACAAGGAAUCCACAAGUGACACCCAUCAAGCCCCAUCCAAAGAGCCCAUUCUUCCCAGUCAGGAAGCAUCCAGUUUUUUGCGAAGCUUUGAACAUCAGUCAUCAGAUCCGGAAGCAGAGGAGGUGCUGGAAUACCUACGUACUUUGGCCACGCUAUGCUCAAACGUGGGUAAGGAUCCGGAACCGGCCAUGCAGAAUGUCUCUCAACUGCUAAACUCGCGCCCGCCCUUUCAUCGGAAUCAGAUCAAGAAAGUCCUCGUUCCCUCUCCGAAGUCCGAAAUGGAGAAGCAUCAGAGUCCGAGAGAUAGUAAAACGCCAUUGGGUGACGCCGAGAAAGGGUAUCCAGGGAAAGGUCAGGAAGAAACUAGAGAAAUCGGUUUUCACGCUCCCGAUGCAUCGGAAGCGAAGGAUGAUUCCCUUAAAACCCAAGCCAAGAAAUGCGGGAAAGGUAGUGGAAGGACAGUUCAGGAUGAAAUUGGAGAAAUUGGUUUUCACGAUCCCGAUGGAUCCAAAGAGCAUAUGCAGAAGGAUGCUUCCCCUAAAACCCAAGGCAAGGAACGCGGAAAAGGUAAGGGGAGGCCUCCAGGAGCAGGUCAGGAAGAAACUAGAGAAAUCGGUUUUCACGCUCCCGAUGCAUCGGAAGCGAAGGAUGAUUCCCUUAAAACCCAAGCCAAGAAAUGCGGGAAAGGUAAGAAGAAGAGAAUGGACCAACCCGGCGUAGAGUCAAGACGAAAGCAUCAAGACAAGAUGGAGUCAUUUGGACGGAAUGAGCCAGGCCGAAGAGAAACAAAUGCAGCAUUAACCCAAGAAAAUAUCGAGGUAGUAGAUGGGAGAGAGGAGGGCCUGGAGGAGGACCUCAGAAGACUGAAGAAUUUCCUUGAAAAACACGGCAAAGGAAAGCACAUCCUCAUCGAUGAAGUCCCUAUCACACUAGGAUUCGGAAGCAUUAUUACCCCUGAAGCCCUCUCUCACCAUUGGCAAUGGAUCAAAGACGUGGAAGCCAGACUGAUAGCGACGACCGAAGAAAACAAAGUGAUCAUGAUUGAGGAAGAAGAAAAAAUAACAGGGAAAUUUUCUCGUGUCGUCAGGGAAAUCAAGGAAUGGGAGUUCGAUGAGAGCAAAGUGAAUGACGCAAAACUUAGCGAAACACUGGGAAGAGCAUGGCAAGAGUACAAAGUAAAUCGUGUGGACGAGCUGUGUGAAUAUGACUUUCCCAUGCAACCCUACCCUGAAAUGCAUUGGAAUGGGGAGAAUGGAGACAUGGAUAAAGACGUGGAUAAAGACGCUGAUGAAACCGUGGAAAAAGAGGUGGAUGAAGACGUGGAUAGGAUGCUUGGAUCUUGGCUCUGUGGAAUAUUUGGCUACCCAGCCUCGGGGAAGUCCAGAAGAGUCGAUCGAUUGAUUGCAAAAGUGGCUGGAAGAGUGACUGGCUCGACUGAAAAAGUGACUGGCGAAAUCUUGGUUUACAAUUUUGGUAGCAAGCUGUAUCGCCAUGUCUUGGAACAACGCUGGAAGGCAAAAUCCAAUGUGAAAAUCAUUCCAAUGAACUUCUCUGAUUUCCAUAACAACAUUCUCAAGUUAGCAGCUCGGAGGAAGAAAGCAGACUGGACGAAGAAAGACGAGGGAGAUUUCCGUGUCAUGUUUAGCAUGUUUGGUGACAAGGACGGUAUAUCACUUCAUGGGAGCCAACUAGCCUGCUUGAAGGAGGUGCAGAAGUCAAUCAGAAAAUUCGUCCUUGAUCACAAAUAUUUCUCCAGUAUGUAUUCAGAAUACAAUCCGAAAAUGGAGAACCGUCAAAUGAGAGAGGAAGAAGGAGAAAAAAAUAUGGAUGGGGUGGAGGAGGCAGAAGAAAAAUUUGAUGGAAAGGAGGUAGAAGAAGUUAAACCGAUGAAGUGGGUGGACAAUUUGUUCGAUAUGUUAGGGGUUAUGGACGAAGAAAAUAUUUUCUUUUAUGAGAGUCAACUCGCUUCCUUGAAGGAAGCGCAAAAGGCCAACAGGAACUGCCUCGUCCUCCGAUCGCUUUCUAAUCAAUCUUCAGAUACAGCAGUGGUAGUGGAAGAAGCUCAAAGAGUGAAGAAAAAGGUAGAGAAGGAGGCGAAUGGGAUGCAGGAGGCAGAGGAAAAGAUUGACGUCUGGGAGAAAAAUGGUAAAAUGGUGGAGGGAAAGGAGGAACGCCAGAAAAGCACGGAUAAUCCCUUGAUUGUGGUGCUCGAAGACUGUCCUUACAUAUAUGACUUUACAGCAGAGUCUGUGGCACUACUGAAGAAGUUAGAAAUGAAGUUAGUUUUUGUAUUCAAACCCCAUUCAGGUUAUGAUUUGAAGGUCGGGGUCUAUGAAUACAUUAAAAAACUCGAAGAAACCGAAGACUGUGCUGCAAUAGUGCUUCAGUCUCAGUCGCCUUGCCCAGCUUUCAUGGAGCAUAUCCGAAAGAAUGAGACUUCGGUCCCAUUGAACUUGGAAGCGAAGACUCUGUCUAUAUCUGGCUUGAUCAAUGCCAUAGUCCCUGGUCCAUCUGUCUUUUGGAUCAACAUCGCCAAUAGGGAAUGUCCAGGGCAACAUUGGGGAUACGUUUGCAAGAGAAGCAGCACGUGUGGGAAGACCUCAAAAAUUCUCUCUGUGAAUAUUCUAGAUCAACUACUGCAAUCUGACUUUUGCGAGCACAAAAAUGAGGUUCCUCUUGUCCUGGUAUCCGACGAAUACCUAUUAUUGAAUAUGCAAGAAAGAAUUAAGAAAAUUCUACCUAAUACCCUAGUGAUGCACCCAAAGGACUUUCGAGGGUGCGAGGCGUCGAUAGUUGUUUCUUUCAACGUGAACGACGAAUGGCUGUUGGAGGUGAUCUCCCGUUCUCGGAAUCUUCUCAUCAUCAUCGACAACCUGCCUGAUCAUAAACAUCUGUGGCAAGAAAUGGAAAAGGAAGGCCAAGUCAAAUCAUACCCGUGUUGCUGCGAUCGCGAGGAAGACGACAUUGGCAUCCUCUUGCGAUUGGAUGACCAAGAAAUGUUCCUUGAGCAAGAGAACGAGGGUAAUCAAUUGAAGUUGCGCAAACAGCAAGUGCGGCUCAGGUCGAGGCAGGAAUUCUUUACUUGCGGAGUGGCUGCCCCUUAUUGUCCAACAUGGGAUCAAAUAGGAUAUCGGUUUGGUAUGACAGCACUGAAUAGGAAAGGCCUCCUGGAUGAGAACACUGGGAUUAUCCUCUCCAUCUCUGCAGAGACAUGGAAGGCCAUUGCUGGGAACCUUUCUCCCUCCUCAUCUUCCCCUUUCAAUGAUUGGGGAUAUGGUUGGCUAGGAUUGCUAGGCGAGGUGCCUGAGCUUCAUGAGGAGAAAAAGAAGAAAAUCCUUGAAAACCUCAGGAAGAUGGGAGUGGAAUGGGAGGACGAAGACAACCCCCCAGUGCCACUGAGGAUGGGGGAUAUGAAGGCGUCUUCAGGAAUCCUGGCAUCGCUGUCUCUCUCCAUAUCAGGAUCCCUUCUACACCUCCCAAUCCUGCAGGAUCUUCGAAGCAGUCCAUCUCAUCCCCGUGAAUUUCAGAACCAUCAUAAAAUCCCUGAAUAUCGUCCAUAUCGUCAAGUUCAUGAACGCAAUGUACUUCGUCAACUUGAUCAAGAUCGUCAAUAUCGCCAAAAGGAACGAAAUCGCCCAGAAAAGACACCGUGGAUGGUGAAGGAUAAGUUUCCCCCAGUGUACCAAGACCACCAGAUCCCUGAUAGUGUGAAGAAAAUCUAUUUCCAUGGGAGAGUAGAUGUGCACUGGGAUUUGCACACAGUGCCCUUAUUGUGGGCCUUGGAUAGGCACCUGAUGUACUUACAUCCCCUCAGCCCCGGUGAACUAUUGAAGCGUGCUUGGUGGUGAGAAAUGCUCAACGCCGUUUCCUCGAGUAUUACUAUUGGUGAUGAUAGUGCCACCAGAGAUCAUAUUGCCAAUUUGCCAUGCGUUAUAUUUGACCACCAGUGGUUAUACAAUGAUGAGCAUUUAAGGAAUAUGGAAUUUUUUACAAUAAAAUGAUUGGAC